CUGAUUAAGAUCUUCUCUUUUCUGUUUCCUCUCAGGGACAGCAUUCGAAGCAUUUCUUUGGGAACCAACAGCAACGACGUGGCCAUCCCUCUGACCGGAGUUAAAGAGGCCUCUGCUCUGGAUUUUGACGUCUCUGAAAGGAGAAUUUACUGGACAGACAUACAGGCCAAGACCAUCAGCAGAGCCUACAUGAACGGCAGUUCUGUAGAGUAUGUCAUCGAGUUUGGGCUGGAUUACCCAGAAGGCAUGGCGGUGGACUGGAUGGGUCGAAACAUUUACUGGGCAGAUACGGGAACUAACCGCAUCGAGGUGGCCCGGUUAAACGGCCAGUACCGGCAGGUCCUGGUGUGUAAGGACCUGGACAACCCCCGAUCUCUGGACAACCCCCGAUCUCUGGCCCUGGACCCGGCCAGUGGCUUUAUGUACUGGACGGAGUGGGGGGGGCGGCCACGCAUAGCCCGAGCUUACAUGGACGGCAGCACCGUAACGACCCUGGUGGACAAAGUGGGGCGAGCCAACGGGCUGACCAUCGACUACGUAGACCAUCGACUCUACUGGACCGAUCUGGACACGUGUAUGAUUGAAAGCACCAACAUGCAAGGGCUCCAGAGGGAGAUCAUCGUGGAUGACCUCCCUCACCCCUUCGGCCUGACUCAGUACCGGGACUUCAUCUACUGGACGGAUUUUAACCUGCGCAGCAUCGAGCGGGCGGAUAAACGCAGCGGACUCAACCGCACCGUGGUCCUGCAGGGCCAGUUGGAGCUGAUGCUGGACAUCCUGGUGUUCCACUCGUCCCGUCAGGACGGGACUAACGACUGUUUUAACGAUAACGGGGACUGUGCCCACCUCUGUCUGGCCACGCCCGCCGGGGCCCGCUGCCGCUGCGCCUCCCACUACAGCCUAGACCCCGACGGGAGGAACUGCAGCUACAGUCCUGGCCAGUUGGAGCUGAUGCUGGACAUCCUGGUGUUCCACUCGUCCCGUCAGGACGGGACUAACGACUGUUUUAACGAUAACGGGGACUGUGCUCACCUCUGUCUGGCCACGCCCGCCGGGGCCCGCUGCCGCUGCGCCUCCCACUACAGCCUAGACCCCGACGGGAGGAACUGCAGCUCUCCCUCUAGCUUCCUGCUCUUCAGUCAGAAGGCCAGCAUCAGCCGCAUGGUUCUGGGGGAGCAGAGCCCGGACAUCAUCCUGCCCAUCCACGUCCUGAGGAACGUGCGCGCGGUCAGCUACGACCCGCUGGACCGCCUGGUUUACUGGCUGGACGGGAGGCAGAACAUCCGCAGGGCCAGAGACGACGGAGCCCUGGUAAACCUUCACCAAGAUACAGUCUCAGGAAAUUAG